AUGGCUACUUCAAGGCGUGAAGACUACAACAUUUCUCGAAACCUCAAGCUAGCGGAUCCUCGUUUCAACGUUUCCUCCAAGGUCGAUAUUUUGAUCGGAACAGAAAUAUUUUGGGAGCUGCUUUGUGUAGGACAAAUCGUGGCCACUCAAAACCAUCCGACCCUGCAAGAAACAACGUUAGGGUGGAUUCUGGCUGGACGUCGCAGUGGCACAGCCGCGUCUGCAGAAAACGUACAAGCGUUUACCAUAUCCAAUACCCAAUUGCAUGACCAACUGACACGAUUCUGGCAAAUUGAACAUCACGGUGAUCACGUGAUGAACAACAGAAACGAUGCUUACUGCGAGGAGCACUUCGCAGCUAACGUCAGCCAGAACGAACAGGGCAGAUAUGUAGUAAAACUUCCGAUCAAGGAAGAAUCAAUCGGCAACCUUGGCAACUCAAGGGACAUCGCAUUGCGACGCUUACAUGGAACAGAGCGUCGUUUCAUUCGGGAUCCUAAUUUAAGGGACCAGUAUGUCCGCUUCAUGGACGAAUAUUUGAAACUAAGACACAUGAAGGAAGUUAGCACGUUUCCAUCUGAGGAUACAGCAUCUUUCUAUUUGCCUCAUCAUGGCGUCUUCAAGGGCGCAAAACAAUCAUCCAAGAUUUGUGUCGUUUUCGACGCUUCAAGUAAGAGUGACACAGGAUUAUCACUAAACGACGUCUUGAGAGUCGGCCCAGUGGUGCAGCUGGAUUUGAUGUCAAUCAGGAUUUUGUGGCGCAGCGACUCUAAGGCGGAUAUCAAGAUAUACGAACUGAUGACAGUGACCUAUGGCACGUCAUCGGCUUCCUUCCUCACAACCAGGUGCAUCAAACAUCUAGCCGACCAUCACUCGUCGAUGUUUCCCAUUGGAUCAGCGUGUAUAAGGCGUGACUUCUAUGUCGACGCCCUACUAACCAGAGCAGACAUUAUUCAAGAAGCGGAGACUCUUCGAGAUGAAACGAUCAAACUACUGAUGCUAGGCGCAUUUGAACUUGGAAAAUGGGCUUCCAACACCCCAGAAGGGUUGCUGGACGCAAUAUCUAACAGAAAUGACAAACCCGUUGUUAUCAACGACGACGAAAGCGCUCACAUCUUGGGGAUCAAAUGGAACGGCAAUACAGACACAUUACAUUUUUCACACGACCCCAUCAUCUCACAUGACACGAUUUCAAAGCAAAAAAUUCUAUCGGACGUUUCCAAAUUGUACGACCCGCUAGGCUUGCUAGGUCCUAUCAUCAUCAUUGCCAAGUUAAUACUGCAAGAUCUUUGGCGAGCAGGCAUCGAUUGGAACGAGUCAGUUCCUCAGAAUUUACACGUGCGAUGGAUCACCUUUAAGUCACAGCUGACGGAGCUUAACCAACUAGCAAUUCCCAGACGUGUCAAAUACGGUAUUGAACGUCAACGCAUACAAAUACACGGCUUCUGUGAUGCCAGUCAAAAUGCAUACGGAGCAUGCGUGUAUAUCCGCACUGAACUCGAUGCGAAUAAGUAUCGUUCAGAACUACUUUGCUCUAAAUCAAGGAUUGCGCCGUUGAAGGCUCGACACGUACCGUCCAGUCAAAAUCCAGCCGACUUACUUUCACGAGGGUUGAAUCCGAGCGAUUUAAUUCAUGCAACCACUUGGUGGAAGGGCCCCGACUUUCUGCAGCACGAUGAGAAUUUCUGGCCCGCCAAUCAAUUCUUACGCCAGGAGGACACCUCCGAGCUUCGAAAAAUACACGUCUACAUCGCAGUCGUUGACACCAGCGUCAUAGAAAACAUUCUCAACAAACAUUCAAACCUUGACAAAGCCUGUCGCGUUGUGGCAUAUUGCUCGAGGUUCUUACGGAGACCUGCAGGCAUUACAACACAUUUCGUCUCUCACGAAGAGAUCACGGCAGCAUUGCAACUCAUGUGCAGGAUCGUGCAACAGCAUUCCUUUCCCGAGGAGUACAAGGCCUUGAGCAGCAACAAGAGCCUCGGUGCAUCUAGUAGGAUUCUGAUACUCAAUCCAUUUCUCGACGACGGAUUAAUUAAAGUUGGAGGUCGAUUAGAACGUUCAAAUCUAACACAGGACGCGCGUCAUCCGGUGCUACUACCAAAAAAUCACGAGCUAUCAAGACGAAUCGUCACGCAAGCGCAUGUGCGCAGCUUACAUGCCGGCACCCAGGCUACAAUGGCCGCCGUCCGACAGCAAUUUUGGCCUUUAGCGUUGCGAUCUCUAACACAAUAA